CAGCAGCGGCACGCGGACGUGGUGACACCCCGCUGCUGUUCGCCUCGCAGACACGACGAGGCGCAACUCUUCGGUCACGGGGAGCUAUGCGGUGCACAGCGGAAUUCCCGGAGGAAAAUGAUGUCACGGAAUACGGCAGGGUAGUGUAAUGGAGAUACGCUUCCUGUUGGAGCUGCUACUACCCUUCCUCUUUGCUUCCGGAGUGGCGGUGAACCCAGGGUGCGAGUGCUUGCUGUUCACGAGCACGUUCGGCAAGGAGUUUGGCGUCUUCAGCAGCCCCGACUACCCUCGGCCAUACCCCAGCGACGUCGACUGCCUUCUCUACAGCUUCGUUGGCGGCUCACACGACAUCGUUCACAUUACCUUCGUCGACUUCGACGUGCAGAAGACGCAUCUUGACUGCUCCCUGGGCGACCACGUGGAGGUCUUCCUGUCGCUGGGCGGGCAGCUGCGGGCCGACGUGAACGAGCGGACGCCGCCCGCGGGCGUGCUGUGCGGCGGGCUGCGCGAUGUGCCAGCGGCGCUCUACAGCCAGGGCCCGGCGCUCGUGCUCGCCAUGCACGCCGCGGGCCCGCCCUCCAACAGCUCGGGCUUCCUCGGCAGGUUCCGCUUCCUCGACCGGCGUUCGUUCCGGUCCGACGGGCGCCGUGUGCUGGGCACGGAAUGUGACCAGCUGUUCUCCAGCGGAGACGGCCCGCGCAACGGACGCUUCUUCUCGCCGCGAUACCCCUCCAGCUACCCCAGCAACACCACUUGCAAGUACUACUUCCGCGCCAGAGAGAAGGAGCGUAUUCGGCUGGUCUUUGAAGAAGUGUCCUUACAGAAGAGAGAUGCCAGCUGCCUGGAGAGCGAGGACACGGUGACUGUGCACGACGGUGCCAGCCCCGCAUCGCCGAGCGCAGCGGUGGCGUGCGCCGAGGCGUCGCAGCUGGAGGUGCUGUCCACGGGCUCUCACCUCUACGUGGAGCUGUCGGCUCGAUCGCGCUGGCCCGCGCAGGGCUUCCGUGCCACCUUCCACUUCCAGGAGGGACCGGAGGGUCAAGGCGGCACUGCCAGAGACGCCGCUGAGCCAGUGACGGCGCAGUGCGGCGCGACCAUCAGCAGCGACGGCGCCAGGAGCGGCAUGGUGGGGGCGCCGGCGGGCAGCGCCGCGCACGCGCGCUGCCGCUUCGACUUCGAGGCGCGCGGCAGGCAGCGGGUGCGGCUGCUGCUCAGCGGCCUGCAGUCGCCGGCGGAGCGCGCGCGGUGUGACUCUGCAGAGACGGCUUCGGUGUACGUGUGGACGGACGGCCGGGUGGAGCAGCUGUGGAGCGGCUGCGCUGCCGGAAGCGAGCAGCAGCAGCUCAUGGCCAGCGGACCGCGCAUGCGCAUCGAGUUCCACGGCAGCCGGCCCGACACUGCCCUCAGCCUAGUAGCCCGAUACAGCUUCGUCAGCGACUUCGGGGUGAGCGCGCCGCACGGCCGCCAGCUGUCGUCGUGGCCGUGCGCCUUCUCCUUCAACGGCAGCGAGGCGGCCAGGGGCUACGUGACCAGCCCCAACUUCCCCGGACUCUACCCCAGGGACACCGAGUGCCACUUCUUCUUCCACGGCCGGCCCGGGCAGCGGAUCGCGUUACGCUUCGUCCAUUUCGACGUGGAGGGAGUGCAACCGUGUGAAGCGCUGUCAGCGAGCGACUACGUAGAGAUGUCCAACUACAGAGGCCGCGACUCGCGGUUCCCCAGGUACUGCGGCCAGCUGGAGCCGUUCGACGUGCUGUCCGACGGCAAGUACUUCCGGCUCACGUUCAAGUCCAACGGCCGCCUCGACGCCACAGGCUUCAACGUCACCUACCGAUUCCUGGGAGGCAACAGAGACUCCAGCCUCGCCAGGAGGCGCCAGACUGGCAGAGCCGCAGGAACUACAUCCCUCUGGCCGCUGAUUGUGUUCUGCUUGAAGUUCGUCUGCUAAGACAAGUUGUAUCAAUCGAGGCGUCUGUUUCACCAGUACUUCAACCGUUGAUCUCAGUACGCACAAGGACUCUAAGUACUUACGAAGUUGACAAUAGAAAAUGUCAGAAAAUUAGUUACGACGAAAUCGCUCAAC